GCAGCCUCGUUUCUGUGAACCAUGUGACGUGUGUUUACAUCCUCUCAGCUGUUCCUGGAGAAAAACAGCGCUGGCUGUUCAACGCCAAGAAAAUAUAUACAUAACUCAACAGUGCGCUCAAAAACACCAACUCUAAUGUGCAUCCAGUGUGUUUGGCUAGUGCAAAGCCUGAGAUUGAUUCAUGGCUUUAUAAAGAUCUUGCCAGAGCUGAGAAUGGUCUGAGGUGAUUUGUGUGGGACAGACAUCACGACUGGGCAUCCCUGUGGAGAACCGUUCCAGCACUUUCAUCUGGAUGUGAGGACCGGUCUAGUUACCCGUCUCUCACCUCCUCUGCAUUUUUUUUUUUUUUUUGGUUUCUUUUUUUUUUUUUUCUUGUUGGCUGUAAGAGGGGAACAUGGGGGGAGCAGUCAGUGCUGGCGAGGAUAACGACGAUUUGAUAGACAACCUGAAGGAAGCCCAGUACAUCCGCACAGACCGUGUCGAGCAGGCCUUUAGGGCCAUAGACCGUGGAGAUUACUACCUGGAGGGCUACAGAGAAAAUGCCUACAAGGAUCUGGCAUGGAAGCACGGGAAUAUACACCUCUCAGCACCGUGUAUCUACUCCGAGGUGAUGGAAGCCCUGAAACUCCAGCAGGGUUUGUCUUUCCUUAACCUUGGCAGUGGCACAGGAUACCUGAGCACCAUGGUGGGCCUGAUCAUAGGUCCGUUUGGAGUAAAUCAUGGCGUUGAGCUCCAUAAGGAUGUUGUGGAGUAUGCAAAAGAAAGACUCGAUGACUUCAUUAAACACAGCGACAGCUUUGACAGGUUUGAGUUUUGCGAACCACACUUUGUCGUGGGGAACUGUCUGGAGAUUUCGUCAGACAGUCACCAGUAUGACCGCAUAUACUGCGGAGCUGGAGUUCAGAAGGACCAUGAGAACUAUAUGAAAAUCCUGCUGAAAGUCGGAGGAAUUUUGGUCAUGCCAAUAGAGGAUCAGCUGACUCAGAUAACUAGAACUGGUCAGAGCUCCUGGGAGAGUAAGAAUAUCCUGGCGGUGUCAUUUGCUCCUCUUGUUCAGCAGAACAGGACAGAAGGCUGCAAGGCUGAAGCUGUGGUACUCCCGGCUCUGACCGUGAGGAGUCUUCAGGACCUGGCGCGGAUCUACAUCCGCCGAACCCUCCGCAACCUGACCAACGACGAGAACCCCGGCCGCAACAACAUGCAAAGAGCGUCCCAGAAGCGCAAGCGCAGACGCUGCCGCCGCCGUCGCCGCAUCAACACCUACGUGUUCGUCGGGAACCAGCUGAUUCCUCAACCCAUGGACAGCGAGGAGGACGAAUGCAUCGAGGAGGAGAGCAAAGAGGAGGAGCAGGAGAAAGACAUUGAGCCGAUCAAACCCGAGGAACCGCAGGUCAACCAUCUGAGAGACAAAAUCUUGAGUCUGCCGCUGCCUGAGUCGCUGAAGUCGUACCUGCUGUACUACCGCGAGAAAUAACACGGUGCACGAGCGCUCGUCCCGUCUAAGCAUUAAUCAACGGUGGUGGUGGUUUCCUUCUCAGACUACUUCUGACCCUGAAUUUCAUAGUUGUUUUUUUGAUAAUGUAGCAUAAUUUAAACAUUUAAAUGGGGUUGGGCUGCGUUUCCAAGAGACUUGAUUUGAUUGUGCUUGCUGUGUUUGUUCUAAUGACUCAUAACGUUGUAAUAUUCACAUUUUUGAAUGUGAUUUUUCACUACAGAGGAGGAACUUGGUGGUUUGGAAGCUUCUUGCUCACCUUGUUUGUAUUCAGAAGAGUUUGAUAAAUAUGACGGAAGAAUUGAUGAAGCUAUUUUUCACAGGCUUGUAUUGUAAGACCAGUAAUGACAGUUUUCUUUCUUUUUUUUUUUAAUUGUAGAGAGAAUGAAAAACUCAAGUCAUUAUUUUGGGAUUGAUUUUUGCCUUCUUUGAUUCUCCGAACCUUCUGGAGUUUUCGCUGUUUGUGAUGCUAAUGCUUUCGGUAUCUCUUUGGACUGUUUUAGUGAAGUUCCAUCUAGAGAAGAUUGUUUUGGCCUGUGUUUUGCAUUUCAACUUUUUUUUUUACAUUCUAGUCACAUUUGUAAGUACAGAUAUUGAACGCUCUUAAUAGAUGAUGUAAUUUUUUUGGUUGUUCCUUUCGUCUGCGAGUCGUCCUGAAGACCUAACGCUCCACUUUCUGCUUGUGAUCAUAAAAUGUAAGAGACGUCACUGUUUGUGUCGGUUUGUAAUCGGUGAUUUCACACUGUCGUAACAACUUGUUUGCAAUAUAUUGUCAGCAUAAGAAAUCUGUGGCUUAAUUUCACUUAUUCAGUUGAUUGUUAAUGAUUUUGUUACACUGAAAUGGAAUCUUAAUAGAAUUUACAUUUGUCAAAGUUUGUCACAUUUCCCAAAAAUACAGAUUGAGAUAUUGAAAAAACACCCAAAAUAUUGUCUAUAAAUCAGAUAUACAGUUCUACUCAUGUUUAGAAUCUGCAAAAUUUCUUUUUUUUAAUUAAAAUAUAUAAAAUAUUAAAAAUAAGAUCAUAAAAUGUUUUUAAGUACAGCUCUGAAGAAGCUAAAACAACUUAAUAUGCAAUAUAAACUUAAAAAUUACUUAAUUUACACUAUUCAGUAGAUGCGUUUACAUUUCUUAAUAUUGUGUUUAUGGUUGUGCAGUUCGUCCCACAAAAGUCCUCCUGGUCCUGUAUGCUCUUUGGUUUCCCAGCAUGCUCUGCACAUUUGAGUUCUCCCCCACAAUGGCUAUAGGAUGUUGAGAUCCUGCUGAGGGCGAUUGUGGGACUGACAAAACCAUCAUAAAGUCAUUGACACUCAUGGAGGCACAUGAUGUUGAGAACUAUGUAAACUAAAGUUAUUUUGUCUUCUGACAUAUAUAUAAAUAUCUAUUGUGCAGCUUCUUCAGGGCGGUACUGAAUAUUAUUAUAAUUUUUUUUUUUUUUGGUACCCAAAACAACUCCAUGAAAUGGCCUUAUAAACACAGGUAUCUUUCGCCUGUUGAUGUAUUUUGCUUUGAUACAGGACAUUAGGUUAAAUAGCUUUUGUUAUGCCACAGCUAUGAACCAAGCUAAAAAUAUGGAUACACCCCUGAGUAAUCAAUAUUUUGGUUCGUUUUCCUGAAAGAAAAUGACUAUUAAUUUGGUCAUUUUUUAGACGCACACUUGCAUAAAGCAAUGUUUUUUAAGCACCUUAAGUCAUUGCUUAUCUUCUAUUAUUUAUGAAAUGAUGGUAACAGGGAACUAGAAUGUAAAGAUAUUAACCAAAAUGAUUAUUUCAUAUUUGUCCUUAAAGGUUAAGGUACAGAUAAACACCAGCACAAAUGUUGUCAAACGAUGUUCUUUUCAAUUCAGCAUUUAUAUUCAAAAUGACUCAAAAACUCAUAAAAAGAGAGAGGUUCAUGUGUUUUGUUCUUGGAUUACACAUUUAAGUGUAAUACAUUAUUAAAUAUAAAGUCUUACUACUAGGUUACGUUUCCCUCAUGAAAAUAAAGAACCAUUAUGACUGUUUUCGGUCAACUCAUGAAAAUGCUCAAACUGUUUGAGAUAUUGAGAGAACAAAUCAUAAGCCAUGCAGAUUCAACAUGAGUUCUGAGUCCUGAGAGGAUCUUGUAACAAUUUUCAGCAUUUUUUUUUUUUCAUAUUGCAUAACUAAAAACGGAAAACUUUUUAUGUGUUUUUGGACGUUCAUUUACACGACAACGCCAUUUUGAGGGCCUGAAAACGCAAACUUUUGAAAUCGGAUUUCAAAGUGCAAGUUUUUGAAAACUAUACCGUUAUAUUCUCAGUGUAAACUACAAAAACGCAAAUUUGUAAAAAAAUAAAAUAAAAUAAAUAAAAAAAUAAAUAAAUAAAAUAAAUAAAUAAAAGGGGGGCGUCAUGCGCAUGCGUAUUACAUGUUCAGUCAAUAGGCGCGUAGCAUAUCUUUACCAAGAGACAUCGCUAACUACUGGCCUGGGAGCAGAAUACAGCGUUUUUAAUUGUUUUCGUGGAUCCCUGUGAACGGGAUCGUUUUGACAAAGUUGUUUUCGUCUGUACGCGAAAAAAUGUUUCCGUUUUUAGUACAUCGUUGUCGUGUAAACGUACCUUAAAAUGUUUAAACCGGACCAUGUCUCAAGGUAAGAGGAGCCUGGUGAAUCUGUCCGUUGAGUUUGUGGUUGUUAAAAGGUUGUAAGAACGUUCCAUGAGGUCUAAUUCCACAGCAUGUCUUACAGACGGUCCCUGUCGAGACACACGAGUGUCUUCUUUUUCAAGUGUAUCACUGACUGUAAUUUGAUGCUUUGUUUCUCAACCAUCUUUUCAUUAAAUAUAUUUAUAGCCAA